UAUAGUGGCGAUGGUACUUAUUAUGACACUGGCCUCGGUGCAUGUGGGGAGACAAACACAAAUGAUGACUACAUUGUUGCUCUUAGCCAUGUUCUUUUUGACCAGUACACCCCAGGCACAAACCCCAACGAUAACACCUUGUGUGGACGGGAAAUUAUCGCCAGUUAUGAGGGCAAGUCUGUAAAGGUGACUGCUGUUGACAGAUGCGAAGGUUGCCUGGAGUAUGAUUUGGACUUUUCGCCUGCAGCUUUCAAGCAAUUAGCAGACCCGGACUUAGGGCGUAUAAAGAUCACGUGGGAGUGGGUCUAA